AUGAUACUGCGCCGACAGCUAUUUCCUGGAAAAGACGCUGUAAGCCAAGUGAAAAUGAUCGUUUAUUAUUUGGGAACGCCGGAACAGCUGAUGAUGAUAGCUCCAUGGAAAAGAUUAACAGCAGAGCAGGCUUUGUGUCAUCCAUAUCUGGAUAUGUAUCACGAUCCAAAGACUGAGCCCAUCUGUUCGAAAAAGGUAUAUUUUGAUGCAGAAGCAAUUGAACAGUUAGGUGUUGAAGAGCUGAAACAGGAACUUCUCAAUGAAGUAACACGAUUUGAUGAAAAUCACAGUGCAGAAAAGUAA